AUGUCCGAUGCUUAUCCAGAAUAUAUCGAAGAAUUUAGUAUUGAGAUAGCUGAUUUUAAUCCAAUUGGUCCAACAGGCCAUAUACCUUUACCCGAAACAAUACCAAAACGUAAUAAUGGUAUUAUAAAUAUUCAAAAUGAUGAUGACUGGUGUUUUGGAUGGUGUGUCUUAGGAACAUUGCAUCCGGUUAAAGUUCAUCCAGAAAGAAAUCCUCAUCGACUAUAUGGAGCUUUCGUAGAGGAACUUAAUAUGGAUGACAUCCCAAUUCCAGUACCAGUUUCCACACCCGUUUACCAAAAAUUCGAAGAAAAUAAUCCAGAAAUCAGUCUAUGUGUAUAUGAAUGGCACAAUCAAAAUAAAUGUUUAGAAUUUCGUUAUAUAACAGAAAGAAGGGGUGAUGAAUAUAAGCAAGUAAAUCUUUUAGUAAUAACGGAGGAGGAUAGAAGCCAUUACUGUAUAAUCAAAGAUUUACACAAGCUAGUAUAUAACCAUAGCAAACAUAAAGGAAGAAAAUAUCUUUGCCGAUAUUGUCUUCAUGUAUUUUCAAAUGAAAAAGGAUUUAAUGAGCAUAAAGCAGACACGAAAAAAUGUUUAGGGGUAAAUCACGCUCCACAAUUACCAAAAGUUCCCACAAUAGAACAAUGCAUCAAACUAUUCAAUAACCAUAAAUGCAUGCAACCAAAUCCGUAUCGUAUAAUUUGGGAUCUUGAAUGUUUAAAAGAAAAGUUAACCCCAGAAGAAAAUUCGCAAUUAACACGUACUGAAAAACUCCAAAGGCAUAGACCUUGUGGCUUUUCAUAUGUAGUAGUGCGAAUGGAUAGUUUUGGUAAGUAUGAAAUAACGAGCCAUUAUUUGUAUAGGGGUCCAAAUGCUUUAAAAAAAUUUGUCGACAAGCUUGAAGAAGAGCUUGCAGAAAUUCAAGCAGAUUUAUCAUCACCUGCGGAAAUAAUUAUGGAACCAGGAGACCAUACAGCAUUUAAUGAGGCGAUAGAAUGUCAUAUUUGUGAGAAGCCUUUUAUUGAGCCGGCACCAAAAAUUUUGCAACAAUUCGAAGAAGCAAAACAUCAACUGUUAGAAUGUAAAGAAUGGGAGGCACAUAUGAAAAAAGAUCAUCCCAAAAAGAAAGACGUACAGAAGAAAUAUCAACAAGCGUUAAAUAAUCUUAACCGUAAAGUCAGAGACCAUUGUCAUAUUAGUGGGAAGUACAGAGGGCCAGCUCAUGAUGCUUGUAACAAAAAGUUACAAAUGGGAGCGUUUAAAACAAAAAUACCACUCAUUUGUCAUAAUUUUCGAGGAUACGAUUCGCAUUUACUCAUAGAAGUCAUUGGUAGAUUUACAGCGGAUAAGUUAAAGUGUAUUCCAGAAAAUAUAGGUAAAUAUAAAGCUAUGGAUGUUGGACAAUUUCGUUUUCUUGAUAGCUUCCAACAUAUGGCAAUGGGUCUUGAUAAACUUGUUGAAAGUUUUGGUGGAAAGCUCGAAAAGCUUCCUUUAUCAGUCAAGCACUUCACUGAAAAGGGGUACUCAUUAGAUCAAAUCAAUUUAUUAAUAAAACGAAAAGGCGUAUUUCCUUAUGAUUGGACAAACUCAUGGGACAAAUUCGAAAGAACAAGUCUUCCACGCCGAAAAGACUUCUAUUCUAUACUUAACCAGCAAAAUAUUAGCAAGACAGAUUAUGAGCAUGCGCAAAAAAUAUGGCAACGAUUUGGAAUGACAAAUUUCGGUGAAUACCAUGAUCUUUAUCUUGAAUGCGAUGUACUUUUGCUUGCAGACGUUUUUAUGAAUUAUACUAUUAUGUGCUUACAGGAUGAUGGCUUGGAUCCUUCCCAUUACGUUUCAGCACCAGGUAUGUUUAACGAUUCACUGUACAAAAGUAGCAAAGUUGAGAUUAAAUUAAUGUCAGAUAUGGACGAUUAUUUAACAGUUGAAAACGGAAUUCGCGGAGGCAUGACAAUGGUAAGCCAUCGAUAUGCUAAGGCAAAUAACGAGAAAUGUCCCGACUACGACCCUAAUAAACCGAAAUCCUGGAUCAUGUAUGAAGAUAUGAAUGCUUUAUACUCAGGAGCCAUGACGCAAUACUUGCCUACGGAAAUUUUGGGUAAGGUAACUCCAGAGGAAAUACCUGACAUUCAAAGAAUUGCUCCGGAUGCGGAAAUAGGAUAUAUAUUAGAGGCCGAUUUAGACGUUCCAGGCCAUUUGCAUGACUUCUUUGCGGAUUAUCCAUUAGCUCCAGAGAAACAAAUAGUACCCGAAAACUGGCUUAGUUUGUAUAAUGAAAGGUUAGUACGCGAUAAAGAGGUUGGAGGAGGGAAAUACGUAUCUGGCGAAAAGUUACUUCAAACGCUUUUGCCGAAGAAAAAUUACGUAGUUCAUUAUCGCGCGCUUCAGCUAUACAUGAAGUACGGAUUAAAAAUUACAAAAAUCCAUGGCGCAUUAAAGGUUAGACAGUCUCCAUGGAUGAAAGCGUAUAUUGAGGAAAAUAUUCGCAAACGCAAGAUAGCUAAAGCCAAUAAAGACGAAUUUGGCGUGAUGUAUUACAAGCUAAAAAAUAAUGCCGUAUUUGGGAAACAAAUGGAGAACGUUCGCAAACAUAUGAGAGUGGAAAUACUUCGAUCAGAUCAGGACAAAAAACUCACUCGUUUAGUAAGUUCACCUCUAUUUGUAGGAUUCAAAGCAUUCGAGGGUGGAAUUACAGCUGUCCACAUGUUAAAAAGUACGGAUGAAACAAAGGGAGAUCCCAUAGGUGAGGCAGUAUGUUUGAAACCGAAAAUGUAUUCAGUACUUCCAGCUGGUCAUGACCCUAAUACUCCUAAAACUGAUGCAGAUUUCGAAAAAGAGUUAGAGGACGAGGAAACUAGAAAAUCCCAGGGUAUAAAAGACUGGCAGAAAAAACAUGGUAUGCAAAAGGCUAAGGGUGUCAAAAAGUGCGUGGUCAAGAGAGAGCUUCGGCAUGACAAGUUUUUGAAAUGUCUUGAAACUCAAAAAUUAACUAGACAUGAUAUGUAUGGCUUACGCAGUUAUGAUCAUCAAAUUUAUUUGGAACGAGUAAAUAAAAUUGGAUUAAAUCCUUAUGAUAAUAAACGCUGGAUUUUAUUAAAUGGAAUUCGUACUCUACCAUAUGGGCAUUGGCGAAUUAAUGCAUAUAAAAGUAUGAUUAAAGCUGGUAUGUCUCCAGAGUUGGCCGAAAGAAGAGCAAUGGUAGCUCAGCUUCAUCCAACAUUAGAGAACAAGUAUAUGGUAAAUCCGAAGUUACUUGUCUAA